GUCGGUUGCAGCAGUCUGCGCGCCCGAUCUUUUUCCGCUUCUGUGUGCUCGUCUCCGUCGCCGCAGCCGUUACCAUGAGGGAGAUCGUGCACCUCCAAGCCGGGCAGUGCGGCAACCAGAUCGGCGCAAAGUUCUGGGAGGUGAUCAGUGACGAACAUGGUAUCGAUCCCACCGGAACCUACCAUGGGGACAGCGACCUGCAGCUGGAGAGGAUCAAUGUCUACUACAAUGAAGCCACCGGUGGGAAAUAUGUGCCCCGAGCAGUUCUGGUCGAUCUUGAGCCUGGAACAAUGGACUCUGUCCGGUCUGGACCUUUCGGACAGAUUUUCAGGCCAGACAACUUUGUCUUCGGCCAGAGUGGUGCUGGAAACAACUGGGCUAAAGGCCAUUACACAGAAGGUGCGGAACUGGUUGACUCAGUAUUAGAUGUUGUAAGAAAAGAAGCGGAAAGUUGUGACUGUCUCCAGGGCUUCCAGCUGACACACUCUCUGGGUGGUGGGACUGGGUCUGGGAUGGGUACUCUUUUAAUCAGCAAGAUCCGGGAAGAGUACCCAGACAGAAUCAUGAACACUUUCAGCGUUGUACCCUCCCCCAAGGUAUCGGACACUGUAGUAGAGCCCUACAAUGCAACCCUCUCAGUACACCAGCUUGUAGAAAACACAGAUGAAACCUAUUGUAUUGAUAAUGAAGCCCUCUAUGAUAUCUGUUUCAGAACCCUGAAACUGACCACUCCCACGUAUGGUGACCUGAACCACCUGGUGUCUGCAACCAUGAGUGGCGUCACCACCUGCUUACGUUUCCCAGGGCAGCUUAAUGCUGACUUGCGUAAGCUGGCAGUGAAUAUGGUCCCCUUUCCCCGUCUGCACUUCUUUAUGCCUGGCUUUGCUCCACUGACUAGCCGUGGUAGCCAGCAGUACCGUGCUUUAACUGUGCCAGAGCUCACCCAGCAGAUGUUUGAUGCAAAGAACAUGAUGGCUGCUUGUGACCCAAGGCACGGGCGUUAUCUUACAGUGGCAGCCGUGUUCAGAGGCCGUAUGUCCAUGAAGGAGGUAGAUGAGCAAAUGCUCAAUGUUCAAAACAAGAACAGCAGUUACUUUGUUGAAUGGAUUCCCAACAAUGUGAAAACGGCCGUUUGUGACAUCCCACCCCGGGGCCUGAAAAUGUCAGCCACCUUCAUUGGUAACAGUACUGCUAUCCAAGAGCUCUUUAAGCGCAUUUCUGAGCAGUUUACAGCCAUGUUUCGCAGAAAGGCUUUCUUACACUGGUAUACUGGAGAGGGCAUGGAUGAAAUGGAAUUCACUGAAGCAGAAAGCAACAUGAAUGAUUUGGUUUCUGAGUAUCAGCAGUAUCAGGAUGCCACAGCUGAGGAGGAGGGAGAAUUUGAGGAGGAGGCUGAAGAGGAGGUGGCGUAAAGCUGUGCAUCAUCUGUAAAUUAUGUUGAAAGCUGUAUGAACUCUUUUUAUUCACUCACAAACUUGGUUUUCUGAUGUUCAUGUCUCGCUGCGUUCUGCACUUGCUGUUUUCCUGUUCUUUGACAUCAAAUGCUGUACAGAUAACACCAUUAAAGCAUUUUUCAUAGUGCA